CUGGGUGAUUUGUUGAGCGAGAGUGCAAAGCAACGCGAGGACGAAAUUGCAAGACUAAAGGCGGAACGAGACCAAGCUGCCGCAGAUCAACUCCCUGCCGCCGACAAGGGCCUCGCAGCAAUACCGGCAGCUAAGAUGAACCCUUUGCUUGAUCAGCCAACAGAAGACGGUGCCGAGAAAUCAGCCGCAAAGUUGGCGCCGUAUCUUGGGGUAACGCCUAACGAACUAAGAAUUUACAUGAAGGAUAAGAGGCUGGUUAAAGCUUUUCAGCGGCUUGAGCGAGAAUGUUCUCUAAAGUAUCCUAACAGUGGAACUCCAGACUUCAGCACAGUCCUAGACGUUGUCGACAAGAAUCCAGGAACAUUUGACGGGCAAUACUUCCCACGCGCCGAGUUCUCAGCUUUGAAUUUAGCUGAGAUGUACGCCUAUACUCUUGGUUUUGUACACCAGAGGAUGUUCUCCCUGCCAAAUGCACCGUUCAACAACCGCGGAAUUGCACCUUCCCAGUUAGCAGAGCGGGCUUGGAGAUUGCUUGCGCUUGUUCGCCGACAGCAUCGACGUCGAGCGGGAGGGCUAGCUCGUUCCAAGGGCGACAGCAGGACAACUCAUGAGACGAAGCGCGCAAAUCAAGACCGCACCUCUCCCCAACCAUCUAGUAGUAGUGGCGCCAAGCAGCAAAUUGAUCUGGAAACAAGGAGAGCAGUUCACGCUGAAGAAGCUCGCGAGCGUCUAUCAGCAUCAGAUGAUCAAUCAGUUUGGAGCAAUAGCUUAGUUGACGACACGGCAAAAUUAGGUGACAUCACUGUUGAAGAUGACUCUGAAAAUGAGUCAGAGCAUGAGGAUACCAACGCUUCAACUUCACGCGUUGAACGUGAAGCGGAUAGUGGGGACCAGGUGGAUAUCGUCGAAGAAAGCAGUACUCCAAAGACAAAAGAACAGCCUACUGAGAUCACCCACCACGAUGAUGCUUUAGGUGCGGUGCAAUACCGAAAAGUUAGGAGGAAUAAGACAGGUGCUCGACAACUCCGCUCCUAUAUACGCCCACGAGCGACAAGGAAUGAACUGAAUUCUCGCUGGUCAUGGUUCCAAGACGGAGAGGUACACGGGGGAGGGCAUAUCCAGGAUUUGCUCGACUACGAAGAGGUAGAUUGGGAAGAUGGAGGCCAGGCAGGGCCUUCUUUUGACGUUUUACCCAAGUUUCCGCCUGGUAUGGACAUAGCUGCACAGACGCGUCCUGAAAAGCAGCUCGCUCUGGAGAUUGUGCAUGAUUCAAUCAACACACCAAGCAAGGAGGCCGCCGCCGCCGAAGGACCACCAGAGGCAGAAUUAGAUGCGACAAACCCCAGCGAACUGCAAGACACCAGCGAUCCGCAAGACACCAGCGAUCCGCAAGACACCAGCGACCCCCAAGACACCAGCGACCCCCAAGACACCAGCGAUGCCCAAGACACCACCAAAGCUGGAGCAGCGUCCGCGAAUGGACUGACAACCCAAGCCAGCGCCAUAAUGCCUACCCAAGAACCCAAACUGGACGCAGAUGGCCAGGCAUACGCCAAGCGGUUAUUAAAGAACCAAUUAGUUCGAGCCCAGCGGUUUGAAAGCCUGUAUACUUUGGCAGGUUUCAAAAAAGACGAGAUAUCCAAGAAAUUUGAGGACAUGUAUCCAGAAGGUGCUGCGGCUAUGGCACACAAAAUACUAGCCGAGAACCAUUUUGAUGCCGCUCAAACAGUUUUGCCAGAGAAUGCUGAUCCAAAUACCUUGCCUACUGAAAAGAUUGUCAACAUACCAGCAACGAAUUCAAAAUUUAGGCAGCACGAGCGUUCAACAACCAAGCUAAUGUCCAACCAUGCAUUCCAACCACGCGACUAUCGGCGUGCGCUCACAGGCGUCAUGGCGCUCAAACGGUCUAAUCCCCGCAUGCCAGGUCAAUCGAGUGACUGCCGCAUGCCAGCAUGGUGGCAAACAACUGGCACUGACUGGUGUGAUGAUAAACGCACACUAUGGACUAAGAAUCCGGAGGAACAUCCUAAAGGUGUCAUGAUUUGCGACCAAGUAGGUAUUGGUAAAACAGACACAGCCAUUGAUGCGUUUUGGGAAAGAGACAUCAAUCGUCGAAAAAUUGAACUACAAAAACUUCACAACGCAGCUGAUUGGGAAGCCCUAAGCAACUAUCCUGCGCCUAAACCCACAUUCUGGAUUACGCAGCCACAUCUUCAACAACAAGCUGCACGCGACAUUGUCCGAUUUUCAAGGAAAUUCAGGGUCUACAUAUACGGAGGUAAUGUGAAAAAUCAAGGGGACUACAUUCCAGGUGUUGAGUACAUCAACGAGACACUCACGUCUUCGCAUCCAAUAUUCGACAGUUUGAACGAAACCAACUCUCAGGUGAUGGUUAUUACUUCCUAUUCACUUUUAGCCGUCAGAAAUGGCCCAAUGGCAGUGAAGAAUUGGUUACUAAAGUCCUACACCGCUGAAGAGCGAGAACGCUUCAAGAUUGAUCCUAAUAACGACUGUUUCAAGCUUUACGAGGAGUGGGACGGAAACAUUCAGGGAUUAUGCCGCACAGUCAUUUUGGACGAAGUACAAUACACGAAGACGUUUGAUUCCCAUUCUUCCCACGCCAUUCGCUGGCUCAGUGCCGAAUGGACGAUACUGGUAACAGCGACGCCUAUCCCAUGGAGGUUUACUGAUUUCGGCGGGCUUCUUUCCUUCAUCCAAAAUAAGGCCAUUAAUGCACAGGCCUUGCGACUAUUGACAGAUCCCGAUUGUCUUGACCCAUUCGAACUGGACAGCAACGGGAAGCUUGUGAAUCCAUUGCUGAGUAAAUACCGGUUCACAUAUUCAAUGUACCAGCAUUUCGUUACCGAUGCGCUGGGACCAGAUGAACAAGGCGCUAGAAUCGGGCAGAUAUGGGCGAGAGUUAUGCUUCGCCGAGACUACGCUUCCAACUGUGUCAUUGAUCCUGAAAACAACACACAUACGAUUGGUUCUUCUAUGCCUCCUUGUCGAAUGCUGCGCCUACAUUUAACGAACGACAGGGUAUCUCAUAUGCUCUAUCAAAUACUUUCCAAACGCUUCACCAAAGGCGUAUUGAAGUUUGGCAAAAACGACGAGGACGUGCGCCUUAGCAGCCGCAACAUACGCAUACUCAAUCUAAUGAGCAUAAAUCCGAUGUUCGCAUUUGCCGAAUCCAUCCACAGCGUGAAUAUCCCGGAUCCCAAGGCGUCGGAUGCAAACGCUCCGCGAAUCCGGAAUCCAGUAUUGAGAGAAUAUGACGAGCUGUUUGAUAGGGGUGAAUACAAGGCUUGGAUGCACAGGCUCAUGUCCGAGAUUAAGGAGAAGGCGGAUGUGAACAAUCUGCCACAGUUACUACCCGAGGUCCUGCCUCUUGAUCAUGAGGAUGUGGUUGUCACAAUGCUGCGCGACUUUUGCCAGUACUCGGUCCGACUGCGUGCGUUGCUCGCCUCCAUCGCAGAUCACGUAGUUGUCCGGCAUGAAAAAAUGUUGGUAUUCUCUCAAAAUCCAUUCGAACAACAGCUGCUCUCGGUAAUUCUGAACCUGCUUGGCAUUAGGGCGGAUGCACAUUUGGCUGCUUCGCCUCCCAUGAAAAAGUCGAGUGUGAUAUCGCGCUUUAAUACGCCCCUCACACGGCUCAGUUGCCUCGAUCCCAACAGGGGUGGACUGGAACCAAAGGACCUCGAAGUGCUGUGUAUGGGCUACGCAAUGAAUGCGGGGUUAAACCUGCACGAGCAAUGCCACAUUAUGCAUGCAUUUUCACCAGCUCAAUCCCACUCCAUACGGACUCAAGCAUGUGGUCGAGUAGCGAGAUUUGGGCAGCCGCACGCAUGCGAGAUCGUCGAGUAUUUCGUCAAGGAUACGUACAACGUGAAGCAAGUAACGACAGCGAAUUCGAAUGCAUUGGCGGGGUUUUAUGCACUUGUCAGCGGAUACAACGAGGAAGGAGAGGAGCUUGCAGGAAUUGACACAGACGAAGUAGUCAUCAAGCUUGGUGCACUUGAUUCGUUCGUGGAGUGGAAUGGCGAAAACUACGACUUGAACGCUGACGAUGUGCCCGAAGGUGCCCGGAAGUAUGGCACUAAGCUUACCAGGAAGCAGGCGCUGCUAGUUCUUUUCAACUCCCAAUAUGGCGAGGACAUUGCACUUGAGAUGGAUUCAACGACUGGCCAGCAUACGUUUGCGGAGACCAAGCCAGUAUUGUCAAAUGCCGAUGACAUUCCCAUCAAGUUAGGAUCGUCGAACCCUGUAACGCCCACUAGCGCUAGUAGUGCUGGCCGCAACACCGCGAUGGGGAUUUUAGGCGUACCUAGCAUUGGCAAAAAGCUAAGUUUCCUGCGGUCAGACAUUGAUGAAACUCAGCUUGAGGCCCUUAUUGCUGGUGAGGACAAUGAAGCAGGCAACACAUCUGAUCCAGCAUCUCCAACGCCUAACCGGAAUCCUGGUGGCGGUAAGACACGACGUUCCGCGAAUACAGCCCGCACACCAAAGCAUGCCGGGCCUUCGGUUCACAGUGAUACAUUGGGCGAUGCGGGCGACGGAAAGAGAAAGAGGGCAUCGACGAAGGGUGCUACUGACCUGACAAGCUUGGAGAGUCUUAGCAAGAGGCCGCGGCGCGGCAAAACUAGCAGCGGUGAACAGGGCGACAAGAAUGUUAGUAGCCAAGGCCGUACAAAGGGCAAGGGUAAGUCCCGCCUAAGCUCUGCCCUCAAAAAUACAAAAAUUGAAGGGAAACCCAUUCCUGUAGCACUCAGUAUAGGCUUCCUAGGCGUGUGGCAGUUCCAUCGAAUUCAGCGGAGAGAGCAGCAUACGCAGAACUGUGGCGGGGAGGAUGGACAAAUUAGUCGUCCCAAGAAGAGGGAGAGGAUACGGCCAGCGUUUCCAACAGGAAGUAGUACAAUUGAUACUUUUGCUCCACCUACAAUCACGGCUAGGGGAGGGUGUUUGUGCCACUAUUUACUGGCUCCAGGUUGGUCGGCGCGACUAUCCUGUACUCUUCAAGAUGGCACUUGA